CUCUGCCAUGUAGGAAAGACUUGUUGAUCUUCAUGCUGCUUGUUUAGAGGUGGGUUUCGUAAACCAGACCUUUCCAGGACAUUUUUAAACUGCUGAAAACUACAUUUUACAGUACCUGCAGAAAAGACGAGUGGCAAGAGGCUCAAGGUGACAAGAGCAUGGCUAUGAAUAACAGGAAUGGUGACUUUCUGGUUCACAGCAAUGGCAGCAUCCCAUCCAAUGCUACCAGUCCCAGCAUCACCGCCACCACUACCGAUGGAGACAUCGCCGCUUCCCCUAACCAGCUGUUGCCCAAGGAGGUGCAGAGAACAGAAGUGAGUCGAAAUGGCAGCAUCAAACAAAACGGCACACUCAAACCAUCCUCACUUAUUUCAGACAACCAAAGGCCAGCCCAGAUAAAGCAACAAACAUUGCCUCAAUGCUGCCAUCAUUGUUCAUUCCAUCACCCUUUAUGCUGCCAUAACAACCAACCAGACUGUCAUUCAGUGGGUGACAGUAGCACCGUGACCUCACCACUGACAUCUAGUUGCCCGCAUCACUGCCCUGAGUAUCCUGUCCAUCAAACCACCUGCUGCCUCCAGCCCUCUCCAUCACUCUGUUUACACCACCGCUGGCAAGACCAUUUUCAGCAUCAGGCUGUACAGCCGUGUGUGGCCAGCAUGAGACCUGCAAGACCUUUCAAAUUUCCGAAAAGCUAUGCCGCACUGAUAGCUGACUGGCCGGUAGUGGUUCUGGGAGUGUGUACUGUGCUAAUCGUGGCGUGUGCACUGGUAGGGAUUUUGGUGCCAGACCUUCCAGACUUUUCUGAUCCAUUGCUGGGCUUUGAACCAAGAGGUACAGCAAUUGGCCAGAGGCUUGUUACGUGGAACAACAUGGUGAAAAAUACAGGAUACAAAGCAGCACUAGCAAACUACCCAUUUAAAUAUGCAGAUGAGCAAGCAAAAAGUUACCGGGAAGACAGGCGGUCAGAUGAUUACCAUGAGCGAGACAAAAGACAGGCUGCCUGGAACUUCCACAAGGACAGCUUCUUCUGUGAUGUUCCUGAUGACCGAUAUUCUCGAGUGGUAUUUACCUCAGCAGAAGGGAAGAACUUGUGGAGUAUCCAAGCUAUUAAAUCAAUGUGCAAUCUAGAUAAUGCAAGGGUUCGAUCUCAUCCACAGUAUCGAAACCUUUGCCAGCGGACUACUAAUGAAUCAUGCUGCCCGAGCUGGACAUUGGGCAACUACAUUGCUAUUUUAAACAAUAGGUCAUCUUGUCAAAAAAUUACAGAACGUGAUGUUUCUCAUACUCUGAAAAUACUCAGAUCAUGUGCCAAGUAUUACCACAAUGGUACCUUGGGACCAGACUGCUGGGACAUGGCGACUCGAAGGAAAGACCAGCUGAAGUGUACAAAUGUGCCUCGAAAAUGUACAAAAUACAAUGCCGUUUACCAGAUCCUCCACUUCCUAGUGGACAAAGACUUCUUGAGUCCAAGGACUGCAGAUUACGUAAUGCCAUCUUUAAAGUAUAGCAUGCUGUUUUCCCCUACCGAAAAGGGAGAAAGCAUGAUGAAGAUAUACUUGGACAAUUUCGAAAAUUGGAACUGCUCUGAUGGGAUCACAACCAUCACAGGGAUUGAGUUUGGAAUCAAACAUACCUUAUUUCAAGACUACCUUUUAAUGGAUACUCUGUAUCCUGCCAUCGCAAUCCUCAUUGUUCUUUUAGUCAUGUGUGUUUACACCAAGUCCAUGUUCAUUACCUUGAUGACCAUGUUUGCAAUCAUUAGCUCCCUGAUUGUCUCCUACUUCUUGUACUGCAUCGCCUUUAACUUUGAGUUUUUCCCCUUCAUGAACCUCACAGCGUUGAUCAUCCUUGUUGGGAUAGGUGCAGAUGAUGCCUUUGUCCUGUGUGAUGUUUGGAACUACACUAAAUUUGAUAAACCUAAUGCCGAACUUUCACAGACAGUGAGCAUCACUUUGCAGCAUGCUGCCCUCUCCAUGUUCGUCACCAGUUUUACCACUGCCGCCGCCUUCUAUGCUAACUAUGUCAGUAACAUCACUGCAAUCCGGUGCUUUGGUGUAUAUGCUGGUACUGCCAUUUUGGUCAAUUAUGUUCUGAUGGUGACCUGGUUGCCAGCAGUUGUUGUGUUGCAUGAACGUUACCUCCUGAACACAUUUAGCUGCAUCAAGAAACCUGAGCAGCGGAUGUUCAACACCAAAAGCUGCUGGACCUUGCUGUGCCAAAAGAUUAACAAGUUUAUUUUUACUGUCUCUGAAGCAUCAAGGAUAUUCUUUGAGAAAGUGCUGCCUUGCAUUGUGAUUAAGUUCCGUUAUAUAUGGCUGUUUUGGUUUCUUGCCUUCACUGUGGGCGGAGCCUACAUUGUGUGCGUUAACCCAAAAAUGAAGUUGCCUUCACUCGAGCUUUCAGAGUUUCAGGUCUUCAGAUCCUCCCACCCUUUUGAGCGGUAUGAUGCUGACUACAAAAAGCUUUUCAUGUUUGAAAGGGUCCACCAUGGAGAGGAACUGCACAUGCCCAUCACUAUAAUUUGGGGUAUCACUCCAGAAGACAAUGGAGAUCCCCUUAACCCAAAAAACAAAGGCAAACUGGCACUAGACAGUGAUUUUAAUAUUGCCAGUCCAGCCUCACAACUUUGGAUUUUGAAUUUUUGCCAGAAACUGAGAAACCAGACUUUUUUUUACCAAACAGAUGAGCAGGACUUCACCAGCUGCUUUAUUGAGACAUUUAAACAGUGGAUGGAAAAUCAAGACUGUGAUGAAGCAACUGUUUACCCUUGCUGCAGCCAGUCCAUCUUCCCCUAUAAGCAGGAGGUCUUUGAACUUUGUAUAAAGAGAGCAAUCAUGGAACUUGAAAGGAGUACCGGCUACCAUCUUGAUAGCAAGACUCCUGGGCCAAGGUUUGAUAUCAACGAUACAAUCAGAGCAGUUGUGCUGGAGUUUCAGAGCACUUACCACUUCACGUUAGCUUAUGAAAAGAUGCACCAGUUCUACAGAGAGGUGGAUGCUUGGAUCAAAGAAGAGCUGAAAAGUGCGCCUGUUGGUUUGAGUCAUGGGUGGUUUGUGAGCAACCUGGAAUUCUAUGACCUACAGGACAGUUUAUCAGAUGGCACUUUGAUUGCUAUGGGUCUGUCUGUGGCAGUUGCAUUUUCUGUGAUGCUGCUUACUACCUGGAAUAUUAUAAUAAGUCUCUAUGCUAUUAUAUCCAUUGCUGGAACAAUUUUUGUCACAGUGGGUUCAUUAGUGCUUCUAGGAUGGGAGCUAAAUGUUCUGGAGUCUGUGACUAUAUCUGUUGCUGUAGGCCUGUCAGUGGACUUUGCUGUUCAUUAUGGAGUGGCUUACCGCCUUGCAUCUGAGCCUGAUCGAGAAGGCAAAGUGGUUUUCUCCUUAAGUCGCAUGGGCUCUGCUAUUGCCAUGGCUGCGCUGACGACAUUUGUGGCUGGAGCUAUGAUGAUGCCAUCGACUGUCUUGGCUUACACUCAGCUGGGAACCUUUAUGAUGCUUAUCAUGGUCAUUAGCUGGGCUUUUGCCACCUUUUUCUUUCAGUGCAUGUGCAGAUGUAUUGGACCGCAAGGUACUUGUGGUCAGAUUCCCCUGCCGAAAAAACUGCAGUGUCAAGCUUAUUCCCACACUUCUUCCACAAUUCCAGCCACCAGAAGCCACAACAAAUUGUGCCAGAUGAACAAGUAUCAGCUAGACCCCAGAGGUUCAGAUGUGGAACAUGAGCAUUAUGAACUGGAACCUCUGGCUUCUCACAGUUGUGAGGCAGUGGAAAAAACAUCUGAAGAAACACAGGUCUGCACCAGACUGUAUAAUGGCAGACCCCAGAAUACAUGCACACAUAAACCGUACAACAAGAAUGUACCUGAUAAAAGUGGGACCACUGAUCUGGGGUUUCAUAGCUGCUCAGACCCACCCCAUAUGUGCCAAUAUUCUUCUCUUAAGAUGAACUGCAAUUGUGCAGAGCACCAAUAUGUAGGAAUGCAGUGGAACCCCCAUUCAUGCCAGCAGAUAGGAGACUGCUUGUGUUUUCAAUGCACCCCCCCCACUGGAAAAUCUGCAAGAGUUAAAAAUCCAGUGUCCACUUUGGACACGCCGCAUCCAGCUUUGGAAUGCCGUGUGCAUCACGUUCAGCAUGCUCACCCCCACCACCACGCCUGUUUGCAAGGAAGAGGGAAAAGACUUGCUGCUCCGAACUCUCUACUCAGAAAUUAUUGUGUGCAUUCAGUCCAUCAGCUUCAACAGCAGCUACAACAACAUCAUCACAAAAAUGUGGGUGCUUCAGAACCUCAACGCUCCCGCUGUGUAGAGGAACACAACAGGACUGUUCCAAAAGAGUCUGGCACAGUUUUCAGCGUGAAAAGGGGUUUCUUAGUAAAACCGUGUCGUGGCAUAGCUGCUUCUCAGAACAGCGUGUGCUACAACCAAAAAGAACUUAGUAGCAGUGGAGAAAACAAAGACUUAUUAGAAGCAGAUAAAACCAUCAGCCAGAAUACAGACAAUUGUGAUUUGGAACAAAAAGACCAUGGCGAAAAUAAACCUGGUGGUCCCGACCAGUCACAUAAAGAUGUAGUUAAUGAAGAGGAACAUGUAAAAGAGGGUAAUCACAAUAGAAAACAAAACAGCUCUCAGAGUACAGAAACUGCAUCUGUACCUUGCUUUGAAAAAUCCCAGUGUUUAAACAGAACCUUAAAAGUUAAGUGCAAUUCUGUUGACUCUUGUAUGCCAAAAGCUGAAGCCAAUGUGCCUGCUGUGUCAACAAAUUCACAAACAUCUUCUGAAAGUUUAUGUUAAUAAAAGCACUAUACACAUUCUUCAAGAGCAGUGACCCUUUCAAUGCAUGCUUAGCAAUUUCAGUGACCAAUUUUGUAACAGUGGUCUUUUUAAAAAGUGUUUUAAUUUCAGACAUUUAUGUGAAUUUGGGGGAAUUAAAACAUAGUAAUAUGCUGUUUUGUUUGUUUUUUUCAAAAUGUUGAAGUUGGUCAGUGUAAUUUACAAACCUAUUUUUAAAAGGGGAUACUAGGUCAACUGAACUUCUUUUUAAUAGUAUGCUGAAUGCACAGUAGAAUGCUUAUAAAAGUACAAAUAGUGGUUGUUUUAAAGUAUCAUUGCCCCUAAUACUAUCCAUUUUAUUUAGAAAACAGUAAUGCUGGAAAUGUUUUUCUUGAAAUGUCAAUGUGGGACUUCUCUCCCACAAAGAUUCUUUUCAAAAGGGUAAUCAGCAAGACUUAUUAUUUAUUCAGAAUCCCAACUGUGCUGAAUCCAGAAAAAAAAGUUAAUAAGGCUGAAAGACUGAUCUUUUUAUUUUAGGAUAAAUAAUCUCUUUUCUUUUUGCACUUUAGCGUGGGUAUCACACAUCCAAGGUUAAUGCAGAGAACCUUCAGCUGUAAAUGUACAGUAUGACAUUUCAUAAGGAAUACAUUUUUAGUUAGAAAACCUGAUGCUAAUGGAUUUUAACAGAUUCAGGAAAGCAGUAGAUUUUAGUUUAAGGGAUGCUAUUAACUUAUGGAACAACAAAAAAAAUGUUAUUAUUUAUGUUAUCAACUUUGCUACCAUUCUGUAGGAAGCAUAUUGCACCAAUGCUAUGCAUUUUUAACAGGCUGACAGUUUACCAUAAUUUUCUUUUCUUGUAUUGGAAGUAUCAUUUUAUUUUGUAUAUUUAAACAGACUUAAAUUGCCAUGCUAAAAUGUUACAGUAACCUGGGUGUGGUUAACCAUUACAUAUUUCAGUUCCCUUCCCCCUUAUAUUGCUGUCAGUAAGAUAUAGUUUGCACAUGUAGGAGGGCUCUUGGCACAAUCAUUUUUUUAAAUAGUCUAGUUGUGGAGAAAAUGUUCGCCAAAAAGGGAACCCGAAAGCAUAUGAAUUUGAAUGUAGUUAAAUUGUUUAAAAAAAAAAAAAAAAAAAAAAAAAAAGCAUCUCUUUCUUUUGGUGUUUGACAGGCUUAAAAAGACUGUAAUAAAGUGUUUUGUUCUUUACAAUUGUGUUGCUGUUUAUUUAUUGCUCUACAGUACUACUGUAGUUCUUGUUUGUUUAGAAUCUUGUUAUUGCUUUGUAUAUAAAAAUGUAAUAUCCCUUCUAAAAGUUUGCCAAAGUAACAAUUUAAUAAAGCACAGUGGAAGCAUGGUUAAGCAUGCUUUAGGUAAACAUUAUAAAUACCAGCAAUCUAUAUUGAAUACAUGGAAAACUAGGGUCAAUUAUGGUAAAUGCAUAAUGUGGGAAAGGCAUGGUGAAACUGCAAAAAUACCAUGUAAAAAACACCAUGUCCUGUUUUUUUCAAAGAUACAGGUUCAUUACAGUUGAUCUAAAUGGUGGUGGAUCUAAAUAUCACUACCAUUUAAGCAGUGCCCUCCCUAGGAUUUUACAUGAUUUUCCAGUUGUUCCAUGGCUUUGGUAUUUAGAUGACAAUUUAAAUCAAUUAAAUACAUACUUUGUGUUUUCUGGUUUAAACAGAUGUAACA